UCUUGUUGAAGAUCUAACAACCUUAAGUAACUGAAAUUAUGUUUAGCCGAGGAUCAGUUGGUAAAAAGAACUAUUAGCUGUAAAUAACUGACUUUGCUCAACUCUUUGUUUAAUCUGAUGCCGCUUUGGCUUACAAGUUUAGGGCAAGGAUUGUUUUAAAUUUUAUUAGGCGAGUUAUUUAACCGAAAAGGAAAAUUGUCUCUGUCUUUCAGAGCUCUUUCUGUCUUUGAGUUUUCUUCUCUCUCAAUUCCCUAGAUAUUAGAAAAUAUUUUGGUUCCUGGAAGAAUUCAUUUGUUGCUUUUUUUCUCUUAAUGUUUGGUUUCAUCUUCUUUCUCCUCAUUAAUAUUUUACAUCUGUGAUUGUGUGCUUUGUUUUUAUUCAAUUUCACCAUAAUGACCAGUCCACAUGGAUCGAACUCUGCUUUUUUACCCCAGUCAUCUUUACCUUUACCUUCGCAUCAAUAUAUGGACUGUUCAAAGGCUAAAAUGUUUAAAUGUGAGGGUGACUCUGAAUUGGACUCAGUUGCAACAAAUGCAGUCAAUAUGAAUCAUGGUUCAAAAAGAAAGCAAAGUUUAAAGUUAUCUCAAGCUAAAUCUUACCGAAACGACGAUGCUAAAAAAUUAGCUGACCAACGUUGGAGACAAAGCAUUAAUGAAUGUUAUGAUAUUUUAAGAGUCUAUACCGAUAAAGAUAUUGUUUUUCGGGAUGGAACCAUAUUGAAAGGUAAAGAAUCCAAAAGUAGAAAUGACCUUCUUUCAAAAUCUAUAGAUUUGAUUGAAGAUCUGGAAAGUUUAUUCUCUGAGUUGUGUUCUCGGCAACCGGAUUCAUUAAAUAAAAAGGAAUCUUUGACUUGUUCAAGAGAAAAGUUUAUCAAAGACAAAACACAGAUUAAACCAAAGAAUCUCUCCCGACAACAGUAGUGCUGCACAUUAUUUACUGUAUUAUAAUUUAAAUUACAUUGCAUUAAGUUUUUUGAUACAUAUUGUACUAAUUUUCUAAAUAUUUACAUUUAAUUUUAUAA